AUGUCACUUCACGUCCCGCCGCGGGCCCCAAUCUCUCGCGCCGCCUCGCUCCCCGGCGGCCGCGUCGAGCUCCUCCUCUCCAGCCGCCGCCCUGAGGUCCCCAUCGGCCUCCAUCGCCUCCCACUCGAGGUCCCCAACGACGACCGUCGCAGCCACCCCCAAAUCCGGUGCUCCCCCGACGGAUUCCGCCGCCACCGGCCCUCGUCCCAACGCCGCCACCGGACCUCGUCCCACCCACACCGGCUCCUCAAGCGCCGCAGAGGCCCCCUCCUCCACCCUCGCAGCAGGAGAUGCGGCGGCGGCGGCGGCAAGGCCAGCACGCGGUCCAAGGUGCGGCGCAGAAGGUUGGAACCCGCUAGAAGGAAGGUGUCCGCCUCCCCAGCAGCCAAGGAUGCUCCACCUCUGUAUGACCUGCCGCCGGCAGCCACCGUCUUCAACAACGGUGUGGACGUAUCCAUGGAGGAGGUCGGCGUGGACAUGUUCGGUGCAUGUGAUCAGUCCUUACGGGCAAGAUCAGCAAACUACUCCAUACCGGAGGAUGAGGCCUUGGUCAUGGCAUGGGAGAGUGUGAGCCUUGAUCCAAUCAUUGGGAUUGAUCAAAUGCAAGAGAUGAUUACAUCAAGGAAGGAGUUGGAGGCUGGGAAGAAGCAAGACAAGGAAUCAAGAUGGAUGGAGAUCAAGGCCUUGGAGGAGCGCAAAGUAAAGAUUGAAGAGGAAUGCAAGAUAAUGUUCAUGGACAUUAGUGGGUUUGAUGAAACACAAAAGGCCUUUGUUGAAACAACGCGUGCUCAAAUUAUUGAAUGUGAGUGGGGGGGUGAAAAUAGGAGUGCUUGA